UCCUCGGCGCCAACCUGCUGUUCUGGUUCCUUGCACUGACUCCUUGGAGACUGUAUCACCUGGUUUCGCUCAUACUCCUUGGGAUCGUCAUCAUGCAGAUAAUGAAGGAUCUGGUGUUGUCCAGAGUGAGAGGCACACAGUUAUGGCGAAACUUCACUGACAGCUGGGAAAUCAUGGAUUCCAAAUCUGAAUACAGGCUGAGGCUGAACCAAUGUGUGGAAGAGAGGCUGAUGAGUUUCUUCUUAUUCCUCCAUGAAAUGGCCCACUUCAAAGAACAGAAUCCUGGCAAGUUCUGCCUUCUGGUCUGUAGUGUGUGCACAUUCUUCACAAUCUUGGGAAGUUACAUUCCUGGAGUUGUACUCUCCUACCUUCUAUUAUUAGGUGCCUUUCUGUGUCCGCUCUUCACAUGCCAUGAAUUUGGACAGAAAGUCUACAGCAACAUGAAGUCAGUUCUGCUGAGACUGGACUUUGGUAUCAGGGACUAUAUCAACCAGAAGUUGAAAGAGAGAGCUGAAAUGAUAGAAGCAAAGCUGAUCGAAGAUGACAAUGAGCUAGACAUAUCGUCUUUGUGUCCUCAGGUUAGCGCUACAGUUGCGGCCAGAGAGAUGUCCGUAUCAGAUACGGACAUAUCCGAGGUAUCUUGGACCGACAAUGGAACGUUCAAUCUGUCUGAGGGAAACACUCCACAGACAGAUACCUCUGACGAUUUUGAUAGGGCAAGCGACCACGAGGAAGCAUUUGCAAAAGAGCUGUCGGAAUUCCCGUCGGUGGAAAAUGGCAUGGGGACAAACGACGAGGACGAUUCCAGCAUUGGCAUGCCCCUGCAUCGAGGCGGGAAGAAGGACCGUCUCCUCGCUCUGCCUUCCCAACGUCCUGGUCAAGAGAAGGAGGAGGGGCUCUCUGCAGUAGGCCUCUCCUUGCCUCUGCUCAACAACCAGGCCUUCAACUUGGUACAGGCCUUGGCCACCGACGUGGUGAGCUCUGCAGUGUCAGCAGCUGUCAGGGACCAGUUGCGGUCCGUGCGGGCAGAUGCAAACGUCAGCGAAGAGACGGACUCGGAGGAAGGGGAUGACUUUGAACUGCUGGACCAGUCAGAGCUGGAGCAGAUCGAGAGCGAACUGGGCCUUGCAAAAGGCCAGGAGGCAGAACCGCAAGAGAAGAAGUUCUCUGGCUUCUUGUCUAACUUGCUCGGGGGGCAUUAAUGCGGAAACUGGAGCUGCUUAACAAUAUAUAGUGAGAACAAAAUACUAUA